CCGUCUCAACUCUCAAUCGACCGCCCGAUUUUCUCCGGCCCCAUCCAUAGAAAAGAGCACAGUUCGCGCGUCCCUCAGUUCCACUCUGGCCCCUUCCACCUCAACGUUGUUUCAUACCAUCUCCUGUGUCAUUCAUCGUCCAUGGCGAUGGCUGCAGCGGGGGAGUGGUGGGAGGCAGCGAAGGCGGCCAUCGCGGCGUACGCAGGACUGCCGCCGGAGGCGUUCAUCACGGUGGUUGCGGUGAUCGCCGGGCUUUACAUGGCCGUCUCCAGCUCAUUCGCGCGGCCAGCCCCGUUACCGCCGGCGCCGAGAAGGAGGGAGGCGGAGGACGAGAGGACGCUCGAGCCGCUGCCGCCACCGGUGCAGCUUGGUGAGGUGACGGAGAAGGAUCUGGGGCUUUAUGACGGGUCAGACCCCAAGAAGCCGCUCCUCAUGGCCAUCAAGGGGCAAAUUUAUGAUGUCACGCAGAGCAGGAUGUUCUAUGGACUUGGCGGCCCAUAUGCGUUGUUUGCGGGCAGAGAUGCGAGUAGGGCAUUGGCAAAGAUGUCAUUUGAGCCGAGUGAUUUAACCAGUGACGUUUCAGGCUUAGACCCUUUGGAGGUCGAAACCUUGCAAGAAUGGGAGCAGAAAUUCAUGGGCAAGUAUGUGAAGGUUGGAACAAUAAUGAAGACCGUUCCUGUCUCAGAGGAAGAUGGUGCAGCGCACGCUCAGAUGUCUGGAAGAGGCUUCAACGCAAACCCAAUACAGAGCAACCAUGAGUUGGUACCGGAAGAAACUAGAGCUGAAACUACAACUACAGGUCAUGUAAUUGCAAUGGAGCAGCCACGGGAAACAUCAGAUGUGGCCCAUGUAGGUGACCACAAAAGCAUGCAUGAACAUGAAGUGGAGAGGCCAGAGGAAACGACCAGUGCAAAUUUCAGGAACACGAGCAAUACUGGAGAUGGAGAAGAGCCUGCAGACGCUGGGGAGAAGGCAAAGCAAGCACAGAUGUAGAUGUGAACUGUAGCAGAAACCGUGAAGGUGCAGGAGAAUCAAGGGGAGCAUCAGGUGUUGAUUAAAACAAUGCAAACAUCCAUCCAGAAGUAGUCGAGAAACUAGAGGAAACAGCAGAUAUUGAGGUGAAGAAUGCGUAGAGUUGUGCCUACUGAUAAUGACGCGUAGAGUUGUGCCUGUUUAAGAAGCAAGUAGAAAUUUGACCUUGGAAGAUGACUGAUUCUUCCUGUUUCUGAUCCAAACAGCACAUCCUCUCAACUCUUACUCUGCAAUGCUAUCACUCAUCGAAACAGGCGUCGCCCCGUUUUAUAUAUAAAGCAACAACUGAUUCAAAUA